AUGAUUGCUGCACCAGACGGAGUUGCUCGUCCUGUCAUCGGUGUCAACGGCCAAUGGCCGUGCCCAUCCAUCGAUGUCAUGGAAGGAGAUCGCGUGGUUGUCAACGUCUAUAACGGCUUGGGCAAUGAGAGCACGUCGCUCCACUGGCACGGCAUUCAUCAGAGAGGCACGAAUCAUAUGGAUGGCCCGAGUGGAGCCACUCAAUGUCCGAUAGCACCUGGCCAGAGUUUCACAUACGACUGGAUCGCCGAUCAAGCAGGUACUUACUGGUGGCAUUCUCACAACAUGGGCCAAUAUCCUGAUGGCCUUUGGGGUCCACUUAUCGUUCGUGACCCCAACCCGCCUUUCCACUUCGAUGAAGAACUUAUAAUUACCUUCUCGGACUGGUACAACGAACAAAUGCCUUACAUCAUCCAUCAGUAUCAGUCUGCUGCUGGUGCGGCAGAGGAUGGCACUCCCGAUCCAUCAGGAGGAGCCUUGGUCAACUCUGGCAGAAACGUCUCAAUUCACGUCAAGCCAAGCACAACGUAUCUAGUCCGUAUCAUCUGUCCAGCUGCUUUCAGUGGUCAUGGCUGGGUCAUCGAUGGCCACAACCAAACGACUGUUGAAGUCGAUGGUGUCUACACUGUACCUGUCGUUGCCACUGCCGAUGACAAAAAUGUUCGAAUUGCUCCUGGACAGAGACAGGCGUUCUUGAUGAGAACCAAGGAUGACACAAGCAAGAACUACGCCAUUCUUGAUUUUAUGGACCCAAACAUGUUGUUCCUCAACAAAGGACAGAAACCCACAGAGACCUAUCCUCUCAACGCUACAGCCUGGUUGGUUUAUAACACUAGUGCCGACUACCCACCACCACCAGUCCUAUACAACCUCGGAAAUGACAACUUCUUUGAUGAUGUUAACUAUGUUGCAUUGGACAAAGAACCUCUUCUCGAACCAGUUGAUCGACAGUUGGUCAUAGACAUGUCUAUGGAGAAUAUCACUGGCAUCUCCAGAUACACUCUGAACGGUCACACAUAUCUCGGCGCCAAAGUACCUACGCUGUAUUCAACUCUCACCGUCAACGAGAGUGAAGCGUCGAACCCAGAUGUGUAUGGAGAUAUUAAUCCUUAUGUGUUCAAGUAUGGUGAAGUUGUCGAAGUGGUCAUGAACAACCUGCACUCUAACCUCCACCCUAUGCAUCUUCAUGGUCAUCAAUUCCAAGUCCUCGAAAGAUCACUUCCCAAAGCUGGUUCGUUCCCCGGAACAUACUCGAACUUGCCACCCACGCCUAUCAGGAGAGACACUCUCAUGGUUCAGAAUGAGGGCUAUGCUGUGGUCAGGUUCAGAGCCGACAAUCCAGGUAUCUGGCUCUUCCACUGCCACAUCGAGCUCCACGUCGAAGCUGGCUUUACCGCUACCUUUAUAGAAGCUCCGGAGAAACUCGCUGCCAGUGACUUUACUCUCCCGGCUGAUCAUAUCAAUGCCUGCAAGACUUAUCCUAUGGAUUAUGUAGGCAAUGCCGCUGGCAAUGACUACAAUGCUCUAAAUCUGACAGGCGCGCCCACUACGGUCCCAACUGUUGAUUGGGGUGCCAUCUAUCCGCCCGUCGAGGACGACGCCCACAGCUAG